AUGGCUCCCCAAAUCAUGUCCCUCGAAAAGGGGGGUCAAGACUUCCCAGCAAAGCUUACAACACAAGUCCUUGUUUGUUCCAUCAUUGCAGCCUUUGGUGGUCUUAUGUUUGGCUAUGACAUUGGUAUUUCAGGAGGAGUUACGUCCAUGGAUGAUUUCUUGUUGAAGUUCUUUCCAGUUGUGUACACGAAGAAGCACAGAGCAAAAGAGAAUAACUACUGCAAAUAUGACAAUCAACUUCUUCAAUUAUUCACUUCAAGUUUGUACCUUGCGGCUGUGGUUUGCUGUUUCUUUGCAUCAAAAUGUUGCAAGAAGUUUGGAAGAAAACCUACCAUGCAAUUGGCAGCCAUUUUCUUCUUCGUCGGCGUUAUACUCAACGCCGCGGCAAUGAAUCUUCCGAUGCUCAUUGUUGGACGGCUUUGUUUGGGUGCAGGUGUCGGAUUUGGAAACCAGGCAGUGCCACUCUUCAUAUCAGAAAUUGCUCCACCAAAGUACAGGGGAGGCCUUAACAUUUGUUUUCAGAUGCUGAUCACAUUGGGAAUUCUGUGUGCCAACAUUGUGAACUAUUUUACUUCCAAAUUGCAUCCUUAUGGUUGGAGAAUCUCUCUCGGUGGUGCUGCAGUCCCAGCAAUUUUCCUCGGCUUGGGCUCCCUCAUCAUAGUCGAGACACCUACAAGCCUAAUCGAACGUGGUAAAACACAAGAAGGUCUAAAAGCUCUAAAGAAAAUCCGGGGAGUAGAAGAUGUCCAGAAGGAGUAUGACGAGAUUCUACAAGCUACUGAAGUCGCGAAAAAGAUCGAUCACCCUUUUAGAAACCUAAUGAAACGGUCGAGUAGGCCUCAACUUAUCUGUGGCACUAUUUUACAAGUUUUUCAACAGUUUACUGGAAUCAAUGUUAUCAUGUUUUACGCCCCGGUUUUGUUCCAAACCAUGGGGUUGGGAGGAGAUGCAUCUCUAUUGUCAUCUGUAGUGACUGGUUCAAUCAAUUCAGCAUCCACAUUGGUUGCAAUUUUUGGUGUGGAUAGAUUUGGAAGAAGGGCUCUACUUAUUGAAGCAGCCAUUCAAAUGCUUAUUGCUCAGGUUAUUACAGGAGUAAUGCUUGAAGAGCAUCUUAAAGCAACAAACUCCAUAUCGCAAGUUUAUGCAUACAUAGUGGUGGUGUUGAUCUGCAUUUUCGUGUCUGGUUUCGCGUGGUCAUGGGGUCCUUUAGGAUGGCUAAUUCCAAGUGAAAUAUUCCCACUCGAGACGAGACCUGCUGGAUUUUUCUUUGCUGUAAGCACGAACAUGAUUUUCACCUUCUUGAUUGCUCAAGCUUUUCUCACAAUGCUGUGCCACAUGAAAUCCGGGAUCUUCUUUUUCUUUGCUGCGUGGAUUGUUAUAAUGGGCUGUUGGGCUACGUUCUUUCUGCCAGAAACUAAGGGAAUCCCCAUUGAUGAAAUGAAUGAAAGAGCUUGGAAAAAACACUGGUAUUGGAAGAGGUAUUUCAAUUCUGACGAUGAAGCUAUUAAGCCUGCGGGAGAUGAAGCGUCUGCUGAAGAGAAGGCCUGA